CUCUCUCUCUCUGCAUCUUCGUACAUGUAAACCUCUGUAGGGAAUAGAUAAUAUCUGAACUUGGCUGAACUUAUUUUGUUGGAAUUGGCCGAGUCGUUGGUGGUAAACCGGUGAUGACUCGGCGGUGUUCUCAUUGUAGUAACAACGGACACAACUCACGGACGUGUUGGUCAAGAGCAGGAGGUGGCGGUGGUGGCUGUGUGAAGUUGUUUGGUGUUAGACUUACAGAUGGGUCUAUCAUCAAGAAGAGUGCGAGUAUGGGGAAUCUUUCUGCUCACUACCAUUCGUCUUCCUCCGCCGCUGCUUCACCCAAUCCGAGCUCGCCGUCGUCGUACCCUCUUCAUGACCCAGUUUCUACACCCGAUGGAUACUUGUCCGACGACCCGGCUCAUGCAUCUUGUUCCACCAAUCGCCGUGCCGAACGCAAGAAAGGCAUUCCUUGGACAGAAGAGGAGCAUCGGCUGUUCCUACUUGGUCUCCAGAAGUUGGGGAAAGGAGACUGGCGUGGUAUAUCACGAAAUUUUGUCACAUCGAGGACUGCUACCCAGGUAGCAAGCCAUGCCCAGAAGUAUUUUAUUCGACAGAGUAAUGCUACUCGAAGGAAGAGAAGAUCCAGCCUUUUUGAUAUGGUUCCAGAUAUGACCACAGAUCCACCACCAGUGCCUGAAGAACAAUUUAUGCUCCCUCCGCCUGAAGAAGUAGAAGACGAUGAUGAGAACUUGCUCCCUUCUUUAAAUCUCUCUCUCAGGACCGAUUGUGAAUCCAUGGAAGUGGCUACCCUUGAAAUGGUUGAAGAAGCCAAUGAAGUUGCAACAUCUUCAGCUGAAAUUCCACCGGUGAUUCCUUCAUUCUUUCCGGUUUAUUUACCAGUCCCAUUUCCGUUAUGGCCACCAAAUGCAGUGCCCCUUGAAGAUGACAAAGGAGCAGAUACGUCUCAUCAUCAGGUUCUAAAGCCGAUUGCAAUCCUCCCCAAAGAUCCUGUCAACGUGGAUGAAUUAGUGGGCAUGUCCCAGCUUAGUCUAGGAGAGACUGAAGCUAACCAUAUGGUUCCUUCACCCCUCUCCCUAAAAUCACUUGGAGAACCUUCAAGGCAAUCAGCAUUUCAUGCAAGCACUCCCGUCAAUGGUCAGAUAUAAGUUAGGGCAAGAGUAGUGCAAUCCAAGCAGUUUGAAGUAGGCUUGAAGGAACUGUUUUUUCUAGGCAAAUUUUCUUUUUUUACAGUUACAUUUUGUUUCAUGUUAUCCUUUCUAUGUUUCUGUAAUUUAGUGACUCUCCAAAAGCAAGUUAGAUUAAUUCAUAUAGAAAUCACUAUUCUUUUAACCUUAGACACCUAUGAGUUGAAAUAAUCGCAUAACUACUAUCUUUUUCUAUGUACGAUAGA